AUGCUCGUGCGGACAUACUUACGAGCUUCGAGGGCCGGGACGGACAUCCAUAGGUAUGUCCUACUGGGCCCACGCUCUACAUUCGCGGCCGGCGCAGUCGUCCGCACUGGAUACAUUCGCAGCGCAGGCUUCCUGUCUUUCUUGCCCCUCCUUUAUCCCGUCUAUUGGGGUGUCAGCGAGGGCGGUAACGUCAUCUCUCCGACAGGCGAGAUGAUGUGGUAUGGCAUCCUCGACUCGAUCUCUUCCAAGUACACCGACACGGGCUACUGCCCUGGUGCUUGA